ACAACAAACAUGGCGUCGCCGGAGUCGCAUCGAGAACGUGAAUCGGAGCAAAGUAAUAAUAUUCAAGGGGAUGCGGGCAAAAAAUCCGCCCCGGUAUCUUUCGGUUUUAGUAAAACACUGAGCAGGGCUAAAUUCGAGAAGGCAGAAGAGAAAGAUUAUUUAGUUGAGGUCGAAGGAAAAGAAUUAAAAGGGACCAAACCGGUGGAGAAACCCAAAGAGCUGAUCAUCCCGCUCAUUCAUAAGAACCGCUGGUACCGGGAGGAUGCUGAGAGAGGAGAUAAGAGCAGCGGGGAGAAGAGCACAGAUCAGACCGGGCAGGACACGGUGGAGUCCCAGGCUGUCAAAGAACUCAUCGAAGAGUCUCAAAAGUACCAGGAGAUAUGGAAGAACGGCCCAGCUCAGACGGAUCCGAACUUAGCUAUACCUCUUCUCAUGCAGAACCAGGCCCCUCAGGGCUUCGAAGAUGGAGACAAAAUCAGCGUGGACUUGCGUCCAGAGUCGUCCACAGAGGCAGACUAUGACCGCGUUCCUGUGGAGGCUUAUGGGAUGGCAAUGCUGAAAGGAAUGGGCUGGAAGCAAGGAGAAGGAAUCGGGCGGACGUUUAAACAAGAUGUGAAGCCCAUAGAGCAUCAGUUAAGGCCCAAAGGACUUGGUUUAGGUGCCGAUCGCUCUGCUGUUAAAGAUCUGGAGCCCGGACGUCCUCAAUGGCCCCCUAAACCUGGCGAGGAGAGGAGUAAGGAGGACGAGGCUCUGGUUUUGGGACCUGGAGGAUGUGUGAUGGUAUUGGCAGGAGCACAUAAAGAAUUGUAUGGGAAGAUAGAGGGAGUGGAUCCAGAUAACGCUAGAGUUGUUGUCAAACUUGCCAUUGGAGGCAACACCGUGACCAUCAUUCAGCACUCUAUAAAACUAGUCACACACAAGGAGUAUGACAAAUACAGCAAAGACCUCAGUCGUCUUAGCAAAGCACACAAAGACAAGGAAAAAGAAAAAGAACGGGAGCAGAGAGAACGAGAGCAAAAGGUGAAUAGCAAAGACGAGAGAGGAAAAUCAAAUAGAGAGACGGACAGAGACCGAGAUCAGAGGAAAAGGAAACACAAAGAAUCAAGCGCAGACAAAGAGAAACCUCCCCCACCAAAGGAGUCACGGCCCUCCCCUCCACCCCCUACAUGGCUCCAAAGGGACCUCCGUGUACGCUUCAUAGAUAAAACAUUUAAAGGAGGCAAAUACUACAAUUCAAAGAUGAGAAUUGAGGAUGUCCUGACGCCCUACACCUGCGUGUGUCGCACAGAGGAAGGAAGGCUUGUGGACGAUAUUAAACAGAAGAUGUUGGAGACCAUCGUACCUAAGAACGACUCUGACUACAUUAUGGUGGUUCUUGGAGAACACAGAGGACAGGUGGGCCGCAUCUUGAAGCGAGACCGAGAGAAGUGUAGAGCCAUGGUUCAGCUGGAUCGUUAUGAGGAGAAGUUGUUCACUUAUGAUUAUGAUUCAAUCUGUCAUUACGUGGGCGGAACUGAACACUGAGAAGCCAAUGAGACGACACGGCACACCGUUAUGACACUUAAGUUGUGAUUGGCUGUUUUCCCUUCAUUUCUAGUGACCAUCAUAUCACUGUUACUGUUUUUAAUACAACCAAGACCUAAUUUAUUUUGUUAGUUGUUGGUGCUGUUUUUUAAAGUAUGUGUAGAUGUGGCAUACAAAUAGAUUAUCUAAAGAACUGGAAACACGUUCUUAAAGCAACAUCUGUAAAGUUGUCUUAUAUAGCCCAAACAGGUUUUGUAUAGUUAGUCUUGUGCCUAAUGAACAGAAUCUAGAAAGUUGUGCCAUGUUUCUGUAUAGUGAUAUAAUAAACAUUUACAGACCAUCCUUUAUAUUUCAGUGUUUGGCAGCAUCUGUGCCGACCUGAGAAGAAAUCUAUAUUUGGUCUAUUUUGACCCAUUCGUUUUUAAGGAAAAGUAUAUUUGACUGCCUGUUAUUGAGUAAAGAUUUGGUUUGAGAAAACAUCAUGUACAAAUUUAUGCACAAGCCAGUAAAAUAUCCAUUCGUGUUAUUUUUUUAUAAUAAAAUAUCAUGACAAAUUAA